UUCCUCCAGUAGCCAGCCACAGUGUCCAGCCACAGUGUCCAACCACAGUGUCCGGGCUCUAGUAGACAAUCCCAGUGUCCAGCUGUAGUGUCCAGCCACAGUGUCCAUCCACAGUGUCCGGGCUCUAGUAGACAAUCCACAGUGUCCGGCUGUAGUGUCCAUCCACGGUGUCCAGCCACAGUGUCCGGGCUCUAGUAGACAAUCCCAGUGUCCAGCUGUAGUGUCCAUCCACAGUGUCCAUCCACAGUGUCCGGGCUCUAGUAGACAAUCCCAGUGUCCAGCUGUAGUGUCCAUCCACGGUGUCCAGCCACAGUGUCCAUCCACAGUGUCCGGGCUCUAGUAGACAAUCCACAGUGUCCAGCUGUAGUGUCCAUCCACAGUGUCCAUCCACAGUGUCCGGGCUCUAGUAGACAAUCCACAGUGUCCAGCUGUAGUGUCCAUCCACGGUGUCCAUCCACAGUGUCCGGGCUCUAGUAGACAAUCCCAGUGUCCAGCUGUAGUGUCCAUCCACAGUGUCCAGCCACGGUCUCCAGACACAGUGUCCGGGCUCUAGUAGACAAUCUACAGUGUCCGGCUGUAGUGUCCAUCCACGGUGUCCAGCCACAGUGUCCGGGCUCUAGUAGACAAUCCCAGUGUCCAGCUGUAGUGUCCAUCCACGGUGUCCAGCCACAGUGUCCAUCCACAGUGUCCGGGCUCUAGUAGACAAUCCACAGUGUCCAGCUGUAGUGUCCAUCCACGGUGUCCAGCCACAGUGUCCGGGCUCUAGUAGACAAUCCCAGUGUCCAGCUGUAGUGUCCAUCCACGGUGUCCAGCCACAGUGUCCAGACACAGUGUCCGCGCUCUAGUAGACAAUCCCAGUGUCCAGCUGUAGUGUCCAUCCACGGUGUCCAGCCACAGUGUCCGGGCUCUAGUAGACAAUCCACAGUGUCCAGGCUCUAGUAGGCAAUCCACAGUGUCCGGCUGUAGUGUCCACCCACAGUGUCCAGGCUCUAGUAGACAAUCCACAAUGUCCGGGCUCUCGUAGGCAACCCCAGUGUCAAAACCCCGCUCCUAGCUCCAGCCUCCAGUGUCAAGCCCCAGUGUCCAGCUCCUAGCCCUAGUUAGUGUCCAGCCUCCAGCUCCCUAGCGCUUUUCCAGCUCUGUAUUAGAGUCUGUCGCUUACUCCGGUUCCAUUCUCAAGGCUCCCAGCUCCCUCCAGCCCAGCUGUACCGCUCCCUCUAGCUCCAGUGUCCUCCCAUCCUUGAUCUGCAAUCUACCCCCUUCCUCCAGAUACAGGAUCCCAAUAUCUCCAUCCUAUCCCAUCUCACCCCCAGCCUUGCCCCCACCAGCCGGCUGGCUUCACUCCACUCCAGCCGCUCCUCUCAGGGUCCCGCCCCACCCGCUUGCCCCCCCCCCCACCACCACCGCUCCCUCCUCCCAAGGUCCCACUCCUAUCCCCUGCUUCCUCCAGCCACUCGCUCUUGGUUCUCUUGGACAUUCCCGCCUGUCCGACCAUUCUCCAAUCGGGCUCGUCCGCCCAGCGUCUCUCGUUGCACUGCCUCCCCUCCAUUCAGCCCUCCUCACCCCCCAGACCCCUCCUUGCUCACGCCCGGGGUCCCCCCCAAUCCUCCUCCUCCUGCUCCUCCACCCCAAGCGAUCGCACCAGCCCAGCGCCACCAGCUCGGUCCUUCGCGUCUGCCGGGCGCCGUCAUCACCACCACCACCAGCAGUAGCAGCAGCAGCAAGCAGCAUCGUUGUCCCGCGAGAGGAAUAGGAGGAGGAGGGUGGUGGUGGUGGGUGGGGGGGAUGGCGGAGCCGCUGUGUCAGCUGCUCGGGGAGCGGCUGCUGCGGCCCGUGAGCGGCGAGGACGCCGGUGCGGCGGGAGCUCAGCCCGGGCCCGAGGCGGCCGGCGCCGCCGCCGUCGCCGCCGCCGCCGCGGCGGCGGCUGGAGCUGGCGACCUCCCCACGGCGUCCCUGGCCUGCGAGGGCCGCUCCACCGUGGGGCUGUUCUUCUCGGCGCAGUGGUGCCCGCCAUGCCGCGCGUUCACGCCGCUGCUCGCAGACUUCUACCGCAAGCUGCGGGACCGCCUCGAGGUGGUGCUCGUUUCGUCCGACACGGACGCGCAGCAGUGGACGGAGCACAGGCAGCACAUGCCCUGGCCAGCUCUGCCCUUCGACGACCGGCAGCGCAAGUUCAACUUGUGCCGAAAGUUUAAGAUCACGGGCAUCCCUUCUCUCGUGUUCCUGGACGCCAAAUCAGGCCGAGUCAUCACCAAGAACGGUGUGGCGCUAGUGUCUGAGGAUCCCAAUGGCCUCGAGUUCCCGUGGACCCCCAAGCCCUUCAGCCAGGUGAUCGCGGGGCCCUUGCUGAGGUCGUCAGGUGAAAGUGUCGACUACUCGAGCCUGGAAGGACACUUUAUUGGGAUGUACUUUGCUGCCAACUGGUGCCCUCCGUGUAAGUCCUUCACGCCCAUGCUGCUGGAGGUGUACAGGAGGGUCCGCGAGUCCGGGAAGAAGUUUGAGAUCAUUUUUGUAAGUUCAGACAGGUCAGACGAGUCCUUUGCGCAGUACUUUGGCGAGAUGCCCUGGCUGUCGGUGCCGUACGCUGACACGGCACGGCGGCUUAACCUCAGCAAGCUCUACGGCAUCCAGGGCAUCCCGGCGCUCGUCAUGCUGGACGUGGACCGCAGCGUGAUCACUCCUGCGGCGCGCGUUGCCAUCAUGGACGACCGCGAGGGCCGGCUCUUCCCGUGGUUCCCGCGUGCCCUGAGCAUGCUGAGCGCUGCCAACGCCGAGAUCCUCAACCAGGAGCCCGCGCUCGUGCUCUUUGUCGACUCUAACGAGGAGGAAGAGCUGGAGCCCGUGAGACAGAUGCUGCAGCCGAUUGCGGAGCAGGUGAUCGCUGAGUACAAGCAGCGGGGUGAGGAGCAGCCGCUCCACUUCUUCUACGCCGGAGAGGAUGACAUGGCAGACUCAAUCCGUGACUUCACAGCGCUGCCGGAUUGUGCGCCACUCCUAGCCAUCCUGGACAUCCCGGCGCGUGUCAAGUACGUGAAGGACGCCGAGGAGCUGACAGGCCACGUCAUCUCCGAAUUUGUCGGCGACUACCUGCACGGCAAGCUGCAGGCCGAGCCCAUCUGAGUAGCCCGAGGGCACGCGGGAACCCUGCCAGAGAAACUGAGAGAUCUCUCUUGGCCGAGCGUGGAGAACGGACCGUGACCGAAAACAACUGCGGAGCCACCUUGAUUGGGUUCAGAUGAGAACACUGACACUUGAUCGAUGGCCGCACAUGAGUAGUCACCGAUUGAGAUGGGAAACGAAACCUCUUAAGGAAACGCGGCAUGGACGGAUGUACGAUAGUGGCGAACACCAGCAUAGAUCUAUCACCCCCAUCCACAUCCCCUAGGGGCCACUGCAGGCAGAUUCAUCAUUUAUAACGGUUUUGUUAUGAUAGCAGAGACACACCAUUCUCUAAGGUACAGCACGUGCAUUGCACGGAUUUAGGUGAAGUAAAGUGAGUGGAGUAUGCAGCGCGAGGAAGGUAAAAGUCUGGUGAUGCACAAAACCAGGAUUGUCCCCUUUAGGUGCCACAGGACCUCGGCGUCCCGGCCUCCAAAUAAACACCACCCGUAGUUCAACGUCCACCAAUGAAUAAGUAUUUUUUGUCGAAGGGAAAGUUUAAUUUGAAAAGAAUGAAUUCGACGUUUUAAAUUGUUUAUAUUGUUGGUAUGCAGUAAUUGUGGGCCUGGGCCGGCGCUUUCUGCGCUUCAGCGAACGCAGAAUCCAGACGGACGCGAACCCCAACGCGGGUUUCACGACGCCCACAUUUCUCCAGCAGUUUUAACGAGUCGACGAUUACCUCUAUGUACGACCAUCUUAUUACAGUGGUCAUAUUUCUCCGAUCCUGUUGCCUUGAAGUCCAUCGACACAAAACACCAUUUGUACAUUACCACAACACAUUACAACAAGACCCACACCUGUGACCGCUGCCCACGACAGGUCCCAUCAUUCACUUGCAGUAACUGCUGUCAUUAACAUUUGUUCCAUUCAAAGGCAGAAGAAACCUUUGCUCAGUCCAGUGGCUAUUUAUACCUAUUGUAACGUGUAGAGUAGGCGUUCACUUAAGAGUAAACACUAUCGGUCAAACUGCCAAUGCACACUAUCGGAGCGUGCAUGGUGUUUUAGAGGUUUUUGAAAAAAUAAAUCAGAUUUUUUUUCACUUUUUCAAAGGUUCUCUUGUACCUCCAGUCUAGCAUUGUCCUCGUCUGCGUUGUACCAAGAGGUUGUCAUCGACGAUGCGGUGGCUGUGUGGUUUUCUUGCAGAACGUUUCCAGUCGUCGAGGCACCUUUUGACACCAGUAUUCAUUGCUGUACUUUGAUGAGAAUUGCCUGUUUUUUUAUUUCGUUUUCUAGGUUCUACAACAUUUGUGCAUAACAUGUGUUUUACCUUAAUGGCGUACUGUUACAGACAAAAAGGUUACUGCUAUGCAUUCAAUAAAACAAGCUGAACUAUGAAA